AUGGAUGAUAUGGGCACAAGCGUAAAGCGUAAGGCAGACAAGACAGAACACAUAACAGACACGAUAGAAAUCUAUGAAGAAAGAACUCCGACUUCUUCUUUAAACUCACCACCAGAAAAUGUUGAUUCGAACCCAUCGUUAUUUCAAAAGAUUGUUAACAAAGCGUCUUGGCUUUCCAAAAAAGUAGAUGCAAUGGGUGUGGAGUCGACUGGUAUUCAGAGAAUAUCCCCCUACGAAAGAGGAACGUCAAAAAGGCAGUUCUUUCAUGUUGCUGGGCUAUGGUUGAGUGCCACAGGCGGUCUUUCUUCUAUGUCGUCCUUUUUAUUGGGGCCUUUGCUUUUUGGUUUAAGCUUUAGAGAAUCGUUAGCAUCGAGUUUGAUCUCCGUGACAAUUGGUUGUUUAAUUGCUGCCUACUGUUCGAUUAUGGGACCACAGUCCGGUUGUAGACAAAUGGUAACAGCUAGAUAUUUAUUUGGAUGGUGGUUCGUUAAAUUUGUAGCACUCGCCUCUAUUAUUGGUGUGAUGGGUUGGUCUGUGGUUAACUCUGUGGUUGGCGGUGAGAUGCUAGCUGCUAUUUCUAACGACAAAGUGCCUCUAUGGGUCGGAAUUGUUAUAGUGACUGUACUCUCUUUCUUAGUUGCCAUUUUCGGUAUUAAACAAGUCGUUAAAGUAGAAACAUACUUGUCCGUUCCCGUGUUGACAGCAUUUUUAUUGCUAUACAUUUCAUCAAGUGAUAAAUAUAGCUUAGUCAAUACUUAUGUUUCAAAAGGAACGUUGGACUCCUCUACCCUAAAGGGCAAUUGGAUGAGUUUUUUCUCGUUAUGCUAUAGUAUCACAGCAACCUGGGGGUCCAUUACAGCCGAUUAUUACAUUUUAUUCCCAGAAGAUACACCAUAUGUUCAGAUUUUUUGCUUAACAUUUUUCGGGACAUUUUUACCCACCUGUUUUGUAGGUGUUCUAGGUCUCUUAUUGGCUUCUGUGGCCAUGUCAUACAAGCCAUGGGCAGAGCAGUACGACACUCAUGGCAUGGGUGGGCUACUUUGGGCAGGAUUCCAGCGCUGGAACGGAUUUGGAAAGUUUUGUGUGAUAGUGCUGGUAUUCAGUUUGGUAUCUAAUAAUAUCAUUAAUACCUACUCUGCAGCAUUCUCGAUUCAACUUUCUAGUGUUUUUUGUGCAAAAAUUCCACGUUGGUUCUGGUCCAUCGUGUGCACUAUAGUCUAUUUGGUUUGUGCAUUGGUGGGUCGUAAUCAUUUUAGUACAAUAUUGGGGAAUUUCCUGCCAAUGAUUGGCUACUGGAUUAGUAUGUACUUCAUUUUAUUAUUUGAAGAAAACAUGAUAUUCAGAAGAUACUUCUUAAAUCUAUACACCAAAGAAUUUCCCCCAGUAACGGAUGGAACGGAGGAAUCAGAGCCAAUCGGAUCUUCCAAAGAACUUGAAAAGAGUUCAGUGACGAAUAUUCAUUUGUUGAAAAGAAAACAUAAAGUGACUAUGCACCGUUAUAAUUGGGAUAAAUGGGAAGACUAUGAAGUUCUAACACAUGGUUACGCUGCGACGUUUGCCUUUGUUGUAGGUGUUGCCGGUGUGGUAGUUGGUAUGGCGCAAGCAUACUGGGUCGGACCAAUUGCUGCCAAAUUUGGUGAAGAAGGUGGUGAUGUGGCCAUGUGGCUAAGUAUGGCAUUUUCUGGUGUUGUAUAUCCACCUUGCCGGUAUUUAGAGCUUCGUAAAUUUGGGCGAUAA